GAGAGGAAGGGGUGCCUGAUAUUGUCAUGGCUCAAUCCUCCUUUAAACCUAAACGUAAGCAUUAUAAUUUGGAAAGUUUCACAGCUACUCAAAGCUGUUGUUUCAAUCUCUAUUACUUAUUUGUUCUCAAUCCGUCUUAAAGUUUCUCACAUUGCGUAUUAAGUUCGUGUAUAAACAGAAAGGUAUGUUUCGUGAGACUCGCUGGGGGAUACAGGAAGAAACCUGGCAACACAAGCCGUCAUUUUCCGGCGCGGGAAAAUCAUAAACAACACAAACGCACGGCGGAAGAAAGCCCUUUAAAACAGUCUUCUUUUGACUUUUCGUCUGCUUGAGUUGAUAUACUUUACUAGAGCCCACGAGGAAAGAAAGGGGGGCUCACGGUGACUUUGAACCAUACAACUUCCGCUGCUAAACUCUGAUAAAAUGCUAGCAGUAACGAUGUGUUUACAACGUUAGCUAGCUAGCUGUCAUGUUGGUGUAAUGUUAACUUAGUUAGCUGUCGCCUGUCAGACGUAAAGCUCUAGCUACACUAUGAAUGCUGUAAAGUUGAAUUAAAGUUAAUUGACGGUGAGAUAAGGAGUGUCGACCCUGUAGUUAACAUUACAAUGGAUCGCUACAACGAGGUGAAACUGCUGCUGAAAAACUGGGAGCAGGGUUUUGUCAAAGAGCACCAGAGGAAACCAAACAAGGAGGACAUCGAUGAAGCUCCAGAAGACACCAAGAAGCUGUAUAAGGAAUACCGAGGUUUGAAACAAGCCAAAGAGAACAGCAGCAGUGAUGCAGCCAGCGGACAUGCUGAGAAGUCCAGAUCUACAGCUGAGGAGACAGAUUGUUGGGGUUCCCAUCUGAACCGCAGUGCGCUGCCUGCGUCCUCUCCCAAACUGACACCCAAGGACAGAGACAGUCUUCAGACGUCUGCUCAGUACUAUGGCCUAAAGCUUAAAAACAACCUGGCUACACUGAGUAAGGAGAGACCUGUCUCACUGAAGAAAUCGGUUCUUCCUGGUCGGAUGCCUCUGAACUCACUGAAAGGUGGACAAACUAGACAGAUAAACAGCCCUUUUGCUGCUGCUGCCAAAACCACCUCUGCUGACCCUGAAUCCAGCCCCUUUUCACCAAGAAGAGUUAAAACUUGCCUGGGGUCCCUGUCUUCACCGACAGUCUGUCCACUGGAGCCUGAAGAUCAGUUCGAACCAUUUGAACCUGUCAAAGAGUCUCAUGAAGAACUGGCAAAUGCUGCCAGUAGUAGUCGUCACCUUAGUAACAAUAGUAAAGUUAAUAGUCCACAAAAUCCAAAUUCUUCUUGUCUAGCUCCCUCUCCAGCCAGAUCUUCUGUGCUGUUGUCGUCAUUAGGAACUUCAAGAGGACAAAUAGGAGCCACAAAAAAAUGUAAUGAAACUGUAGGAGCUUCAGGAGACAUGAAAGAAACUAUUGAAACUUUAGGAACUCCACACAAGGGUUUUGAUUCUGAAGAUCUUGGAACUGCAACUGGCCUGAGGGGAAGACCACAUGUUUCUGGAGGUUUCAGAGGCGGGAUGGGAAGUAGAGGCAUCAGAGGAAGGCCCUCUCUUGUCGGCAGACUGAGUUCUAUUGACAGGAAGUGGCUCGAGAGGUGUCAGGUCUUUGGAGAGAUGGAGGCUGAGGUGGUGCCUGGAGCAGGCAACCAGGAGAUAGAUCUGAAGAAAUGUGGAGAGAGAGAAGGUGAGAGAGAAACAGAAGGAACAAUACAAGGAGAUGAAAAAGGAGGAAAAAAAGAAAUGGAUGCAGAAGCAGAAAGAAAUAAUCCGCUGGACUUUGGAAGUGAUAAAGGCUUUGAGAACAUUUCUGCUGACAAAAUCGUCUGCAAUAGUGCACCAAAACCUGCUCUGAAACACACUGGAAAGAGCAGAGGAGGAGGACAAGAAGAAGUGAACAAGAAGGGUGAUGAGGAGAUGGAAAGAGGACUGACGCCACCUCCAACGCCAGAAGACGACAAUGAAACUAGUCACAAAUCCAAAGAUACAAAGAAGAGAGCAAGGAAAAGGCAGAGAGAGGGAGAGAACAUGGAGGGAGAGACGGUAGAGGAGGGUGGGGCGAAGAAAAGGCGUAGGAACGCCAAAAAGAAAGAGGAGAGCUCGGAUGUAAAUGCUGGCCAAGCUCCAGAAGGAAGGAAGAAAAGGAAAGCCAAGAAAAAGGGAGAUGAAGAUGGAGAGGCAGGAGAGGAGAAAGAAACCAAAGAACCAAAAAAGGUACCUCAGGAGAACUUGUUUGGAGAUAUAGAGGAGGAAUUUGCGGCAAGGAGAAUGCAUUACUCUCAGCCUGUCAAACCAAGAAGUGUGAAAGGCGCAGAGGGUAACUUUGUGAAGAUAAAUCUGAAGAAGAAAUCUCACGUGAAAGGUUACGCACUCAGAGGUGCUGGUCUACGCAAACAGUUGUACAUGCAGAAGUUCCAGCUGAAAGGCGAACGUUUUGGUGGAGGUGCUGGAUUCUUUGGCCGAGGAAGGAGGGGUGGAUUCAGAGGGGGGCUCAGUCGUCAGGGUGACACCUGUUACAAGUGUGGAGGGACCGGACACUGGGCCAUGGACUGCAAAGGACCAGCCUCUCCUCGUCCCAUUGCAGACGACCCACCUGCUGAAGAGGAGCCGUUUGAGCUGCCCACACUGGAGGAGGUUGCCAGGGCAACCGGGACGCUGGGACCGCAGCCUCUGGGGGCAACUCCCACUAUCGAUGAGGAGCAGCCGUGCCAAGAAAAGGGGUCGCACAUGAACCCUACAGAUGAGGUGUUGCUGAAUGUGAUUCGUCCUGACUAUGAGCGCCCUGCUGCUCCACCUCCAGUGGAACCACUUUAUAAACUCACAGAUGAUGGGAAAGUCCAGGAAACACCUGCCGGGGUGCAUGCAGCUCUGAAAGAGCUCGGCUAUCAGUCAUUUAGACCAGGACAGGAGGAGGCAAUCAUGAGGAUCCUGUCAGGUCUCUCUACCCUCGUAGUGUUGUCCACAGGAAUGGGUAAAUCUUUGUGCUACCAGCUCCCGGCCUACCUGUACGCAAAGAGAUCAAAAUGCAUCACUUUGGUCGUUUCACCUUUAGUCUCGCUAAUGGAUGACCAGCUGUCUGGCCUGCCGGCCAAUCUGAAGGCAGCCUGUAUUCACUCUAACAUGACGAAGAAACAGAGAGAAGCUGCGAUAGAAAAGGUGAAAUCAGGCGAGGUGUGUGUGUUGCUCCUCUCCCCAGAGGCUCUGGUCGGUGGAGGUGGUUCAGGCACUGGGUGUCUACCGUCGGCUCAGGAGCUCCCUCCUGUGGCCUUUGCCUGUAUAGACGAAGCUCACUGUGUCUCAGAGUGGUCACACAACUUUAGACCCUGCUACCUGAGACUCUGUAAGGUACUGAGGGAGCGUUUGGGAGUGCAGUGCUUGCUGGGACUCACAGCUACAGCCACACUGUCCACUGCUCUAGACAUCGCACGACAUCUGGACAUCACUGAUCAAGACGGCAUUGCGGUCCGAUCUGCAGCAGUGCCUCCUAACCUGUAUCUGUCCGUGUCCAUGGAUAGAGGAAAAGAUCAGGCAUUAGUAUCGCUGUUAAAAGGUGACCGUUUCGGUUGUCUUGACUCUGUCAUCGUCUACUGCACCAGAAGAGAGGAGACGGUUCGUGUAGCGGCGCUGCUCAGGACGUGUCUACAGGGGGUGCUGGUCAAAGAAAACAAACAAAUCAGCAGCAGGACAGAGCACAACCCUGUAGGGCAGAAAAAGAAAGACCUGGCAAGGAAGAAAAUCCGUAAACCGCUGAAAUGGCAGGCGGAGUCGUACCACGCGGGCUUGUCUGCGUCAGAGCGCCGUCGGGUUCAGAACAACUUCAUGUGCGGCGAGCUCAGAAUCGUGGUGGCCACUGUGGCGUUUGGCAUGGGCCUCGAUAAAUCUGACGUCCGUGGUAUCAUCCACUACAACAUGCCUAAGAGCUUUGAGAGCUACGUUCAGGAGAUUGGGAGAGCAGGAAGGGAUGGAGAUCCUGCACACUGUCACCUCUUUCUGGACCCCGAGGGUGGAGAUCUCCAUGAGCUCCGUCGUCACAUCUAUGCGGACACAGUUGACUACUACACGGUGAAGAAACUGGUGCAGAAAGUUUUCCCUCCGUGCAAAUGUAAACAGAUACACCAGAAACAACAGGAACUUGUAAAGGACAUUGAAGACUCGGAGCUGCUUGAAAUGAUGGAUAUGUGUGAUGAGGAGAGCGGCCUGAACCCUCACACUCAGCAGGACACAAUGAUGCCAUUGAGUGUACAGGAGGCGUCACAUCCCGAAGCAGCCGAGCUACCGCCCCGAGAACACAGAGACGAAGAAGAAAAAGAGAAGGAGGUGACAGGCAAGCAGACAAUUCAAGACGACGAAGCUGAUGGUGCUAAGAAGCAGUCGGAUUGGCUGAGCGAUCAGGAAGAGGAGAGUAGUUAUUGGCCCAGAGAGCGAGUGUGUCACACCCAUGAGAGAGCGAUUCCCAUCCAAGAAACUGUGGAGGCUCUGGACAUCACAGAGGAAGGAGUAGAAACGCUGCUCUGCUAUCUGGAGCUGCACCCUCAACGCUUUGUUGAGCUUCUCCACCCCACGCUGUCUGUGUGUAAAAUCAGCUGCUAUGAUGGACCAAGACAGCUCCAGAAAAUCACCAAAAUUUGCCCCCCGGUUGCGGUGGUGUUGGCCAGGCGGCGGAUGGCAGGCGAGCGAGUGGAGUCAUGUGAUCAAGUGGAGUUUGAUGUAGUUGAGGUUGCGGACACUAUGGGAUGGCAGCUCCCUCUUGUGAAGAGAGGACUCAGACAGCUGCAGUGGAGCUCUGCUGGUGGACGUAGCGGCAUCCAGGUUGAAUUCUCCUCCAUAUCCUCUUACUUCCGUUCCUAUGGCGACCUCAGCUAUGUGGAGAUGGACCGAGUGUGUCAGUUCCUUCAUAACCGAGUGCAGAACCAAGAGAGAACGCAGCUCUACCAGCUGACCGCCUGCUUCAAGGCCUUCAAAAGUGUUGCAUUUCUCCAUGUGUCAUCCUGCGUUGAUGAUUUGGAUGAGAGUCGCAGCCUCCACCUAAAAAGCCUUCUUUCUGAGUACUUUGACAAGAGGCGGGACCGAAGCCAAAUGCUCGCACCUUUGGACGUUGAGGAGCUCAACAAAUAUAACUUGUUGGACUGGGAGAAUCAGAUCAGAGCGGAUAUCAGGAGUUUUCUCGCCAACCGGAGUGAUGAGAAGUUCUCUGGAAGAGCCGUCGCUCGGAUCUUACACGGAAUAGGGAGUCCUUGUUAUCCGGCUCAAACCUACGGCAGGGACAGACGCUACUGGAGGAAGUACAUCCAGUUCGACUUCAACCAGCUGAUCAGGCUGGCGACUCAGGAAAUCAUUCGCUUCAAAUGACCUUCAGAAAGUGCUUGUACACACGCACUCGUACUCCUGUGGAACAGCUGUGAUGGAUUCUUUUGCUCUUUGUAUCAUUUUUAUUCCAUCAUGUUGAAUUAUUUAAUCUGUUGUAUGUUUUUCCACAAUGUAAAGAUUUAUAUGUGUGCUUAGUAAGGCUGUAAUUAAUAAAAUCUAUUUUUCUA